AUGUCCGACACGAGCCCGGAGCACUUGCCUUCCUCAGCCCUGGGUACAAAAGCCUACUGGGAUUCCCUUUAUACGAACGAGGUACAGAACCAUGCCGCCAAUCCGUCAGAUAGGGGAACAGUCUGGUUCGACGACUCGGACGCCGAGGCCAAGAUCCUGUCCUAUCUUGCGACGAAAGACCUGCCCCACGAUACAACUACCUUUCUAGAUCUCGGCUGCGGCAACGGCUCGCUACUAUUCGCCCUCAGAGAUGCUGGCGCGGACAGCAGCGACAGUGACGACGACCAGGAACAAGACGAAGGCGCGGACGCACCGAAAGAGUCGUGGACGGGUAGGAUGCUGGGCGUCGACUACUCCCCGCAGAGCAUAGAACUGGCGACGUCGAUACAAGCCUCGAGACCAAGUGAUCCAUACCUCGAAUUCCAGACCUGGGACAUCCUCUCUGGCUCGCUGUCAGAAGUACUGAAGGAGCCACAAUCUCAAACGGGAUGGGAUGUUGUCCUGGAUAAGGGAACCUUUGAUGCUAUCUCACUCAGCUCCGAGAAAGACAGCCAGGGCAGGCGGUUGAACGAGGGGUACAGGGAGAGGGUGCUUGGAUUGGUGAGGGAGGGAGGCUUCUUCGUUAUCACGAGCUGCAAUUGGACUGAGCCAGAGUUAAGAAAAUGGUUCGAGGACCAGGAGGGGUUCGCCUUGGACGGGAGAGUCGAGUAUCGGACAUUUUCUUUUGGGGGCGUCAAGGGGCAGCCCAUCACAACACUGUGCUUCAAGAGGAUAGACUAA